AUGGCAGCCGGAGUCAUUGUGAACACGCCCGAUAUCGACGACACGCCGACCGAGGGCUCGCGCACGUACGCUAUCAUCGUCUGCGUCUUUGCGUCGUUGGGAGGCAUCUUCUUCGGCUAUGAUCAAGGCGUGACGUCUGGAGUGCUCAUCAUGGAUUCGUUCCUCAACGAUUACUGCGUGGGCUGGCACAACUUCACCUACGCAGACUGCACGAAAUCGACCUCGGACCUGCCGAGCGAGUGGACAACGUUCACUGUUUGGUACAACAUGGCGUACAACUUGGGUUGUCUUGUGGGUGCCUUCAUGGGCGGCAUCAUAGCUGACAAAUUCGGUCGCCGAGCGACGAUCUUCUCGGCAGGUUUGCUGUUCUGUGGCGGUACUUGCUGGGUCUGCUUCAAUAAGGCCCACGCACACUCGCUCAUGUACAUCGCCCGUAUCAUCCAAGGAUUCGGAGUGGGCAACUCGUCCUUCUCGCUGCCGCUCUUCGGUGCCGAAAUGGCCCCCAAGGAGCUCCGAGGAAUGUUGUCUGGUUUCAUGCAGAUGACCUGUGUGAUCGGACUGUUCCUAGCGAACGUGGUUAACAUCAUCGUGGAGAACCGCAACCGCGGGUGGCGUACAACCAACGGUGUCUCCAUGGCGCCGCCCAUUGUCGUGCUUCUUGGCAUUUGGUUCAUGCCCGAGAGCCCUCGCUGGACGUACAAGAAGAAGGGUAAGGCGGGGGCCGAGAAGGUUUUGAAGAAGCUUCGAAUGACCGAAAGUGUCGGACAUGAGCUGGAAGCCAUCGGUGAUCAGAUCGCUGAAGAGGAGGCUGGUGGCGAGGGCAUCUUGGACCUCGUCACCAACGUGUCGCUGCGCAAGCGCUUGAUUAUCGCCAUGCUACUGCAGGUGUUGCAGCAAGCCACUGGCAUCAACCCCAUCAUGAGCUAUGGUGCGCUUAUCAUCAAGGACAUCACCCAGGCAGGCAUCUAA